AUUUGCAUUUCACCUGACUUUUAGGCUUGAUCUGUUAGAGUUUGGAAUUUGUACCUCUUCAGAAGUACAUUCUACUUUUAGUGUAGUUGUUGUUAACUUAAGUUUUCGUUAGUGUCAAGGGAUUUUUCCAGUACCGAAAUCCUACUUUAAUUUUUUUUUUUUUAUUAUUGUGAAUGUUUUUUUUAAAGAUAAUUUUUGCUUAAAUAUUUGUUUCGUGAUGAUGCAGCUAUUUUUAAAAUGUAUCCCACGCAAAUAACUUUAGCAAAUUGUAUUAUUUUACAUAAAAUACAGUCUUGUUAUUAGAUUGUUGUGGUAAUUAACUUCGAGGAAAUACAGAAUCAGAAAAAAUGCACGCUGGAGGGGAUUUGUCUUGACCCUUUAUUUUAUAAUAUUCAGUGUGUGAUUGCACGGUGUGCUAAUCUAAUGUUACCACAAUUUAAUCCAACUAUAGUUUUAAGCAUAUGAGUGAAUCUGAAGACGAAACUGAAUCGAUGGAGACUACAAGGAUGUAUAAGGACGACUUAGAGUUGUCCCGUUUUUCACUAUACCUCAGCUCGCAAGACCUUAUAAAUGAAUCUCCACAUUAUAACCAAAACUCUAGGUUGAGUGUUACUUUUGACUCAUUACCCGGAGAAGCAUCAGUCGAUUUUGUUCUGGUUACUUCUUCCAAAGCCCGAACGCCAGUUGAUAUAAACGGGUGGAACCGAAGGUCUGCAUUUGAAGAGCGCAUGAAGGAACAAGGUUUACUUCUUGAAGAAGAUAUUGUUGGUGGGUUGACAUUUGUCAAAGUGCAUGCUCCUGUUCCUGUCUUGCGUAGAUAUUGUGAAAUUUUGAAAUUGCGUAUGCCUAUGAAAGAGUGCCCAUUGUCGGAAAAUAUUCCCGAAGGAGGGUUUGAUAUAUUUGAAAAAAUUAAACUAAUAUUAGGAAAAAUUGUAAGAGUUUUUAUUACUAUCGAUCCUGGGAAAAUGACUCCGUCAAAGUACAUUUUAGCAGCCGAGUAUUCCCGUGACAAAAGCUAUUUAUUUAACGAGGAUGAUCCAAAUUUUUUUUCAGCAGAAGUAAGAACUCUAGUUAUAGAUUUCAUCUUGAAUAGAAUGAGUUGGGGAAAGGAUCAAUCUGAUAUUAAUUGUGUUGGAAUUCAAUGUCUGUUGGACGAAGGUGUUUAUAAAGCUGCUUAUCCAUUACAUGAUGGCGAACAUACUACUGAAAAUACUCUACGACAUGAAUUGUACGUCGAGUGGGCUUUGAUGAGCAAAUGGAUUCGUAGACAACCGAUCGAUCAAAUUAAAGAAUAUUUAGGCGUAAAAUAUGCUUUUUAUUUUACAUGGCUGGGAUUCUAUACACACCUGUUGAUCCCAGCUGCCAUUUUGGGACUAAUAGUAUUCUUUUAUGGUAUUUUUACUUUCCCAAAAGACUCAUUCAGUGCUGACAUUUGUAAUGCAAAUGACGUUGUAAUGUGUCCUUUAUGCGAUCGUACAUGUGAUUAUUGGGAACUAUCGAACACUUGUUUUUAUGCAAGACUUACACAUUUAUUCGACAACGAUUUGACUGUAAUAUUCGCUUUUCUUAUGUCUAUAUGGGCAACUUUAUUCCUGGAGUUAUGGAAAAGAUACUCGGCAACCAUAACACAUCGUUGGGGGUUUACUGGGUUUUCUUUAGAAGCUGAACAUCCAAGGCCUCAGUAUCUAGCACGUCUGUCUGGAACAAAACAUUCAAAGGUGAAUGUAAUUACUGGAAAUAUCGAACCAACUGUACCUUUGUGGAAAAAAAUUCCUGCCAUGUUAUUUAGCAUUUCUAUUCUCUUACUUUUAAUUAUGGUCGCGGUUGCUGCAGUGUUUGGAAUUGUUCUAUAUAGGAUGUCUGUCUUGGCCUCUUUGAGUCUCACUAAUCAAUCGGAUUGGAUGAAUUCUUACAGCAACAUACUCAUCCCGACUACAGCGGCUAUCAUUAACUUAGUCUGCAUUCAGUUAUUGAACUUUGUUUACGAUAAAGUUGCUAUUUAUUUGACUGAAAUGGAACUAUUACGCACACAAACGGAGUUUGAUGAAUCGUUAACAAUUAAAAUUUAUCUCUUCCAGUUUGUCAAUUACUAUACUUCUAUUAUUUAUAUAGCAUUUUUAAAAGGCAAACAUGUAGGUUAUCCGGCCAAGUAUAAACGUAUAUUCAAUUUAAGGCAAGAAGAAUGCAGUCCAGGCGGAUGUCUUAUGGAACUUAGCAUUCAGUUGUUCAUCAUUAUGGUCGGACAACAAGCAGUGAACACUAUUGUUGAAAUGAUAAUCCCAGUGGGUUUAAAUUGGUUCAAUUCACGCACUGAAGCUACUGGUCAGCUUGAUGCUCAAAAAUCAUCGUCCGAAGAAAAAGAUUUAGCGAUGUCUGUUAAAAAACCGUGGAUUGAAGAUUAUAAACUUUUAGACUGGGGUCCAAGAGGGCUUUUCCCUGAAUAUCUGGAAAUGGUGAUGCAAUACGGUUUUGUUACGUUAUUUGUAACCGCGUUUCCACUGGGACCAUUUUUCGCUUUACUAAAUAACGUUUUCGAAAUGAGAUUGGAUGCCAAAAAGUUCUUGCGUUACUACCGCAGACCAAUACCUCACAGGAUUCCCAAUAUCGGUGUAUGGUAUCGCGUAUUAGAUAUUAUAGGAAAACUGGCAGUUAUCACAAACGCUUUUAUUAUUGCGUUUUCAUCAAAUUAUAUUCCUCGUUUGGUUUAUAUACUUAUGAAAAGCGAAGAUGGUACAGAUCAAGGAUUUUUGAAUAGUACUUUAGCGUACUUUGACACUAAAGACUUUGAAGACGGAGUUGCUCCCUUAGGGACAUCAUACAAUGUCACCCACUGCCGUUAUAAAGAUUAUCGAAACCCACCCUGGUCACCCGAGAAGUACGAAAGGCCUACGUUUUAUUAUGAAGUACUCGUGGCACGUCUCACGUUCAUUGUUAUCUUCCAGAACAUUGUAUCGUUGGUAAAAGUAGCUGUUCAGUGGUUGAUACCUGACGUGCCGACCACACUAAGCGAUAGAAUCAAACGAGAAUCGUACCUAACAACGCAGAUGAUUAUCAAGCAAGAAGCAAAAAAAGCAGCAGAAAUCGAACAUAACACUGGUAUGUUACAUGAUGAUGAUGAACCAAAAAGCUUUUAAGACUUGAUAUUGCGACUAGUAAUAUUGUGUAGGUAUAAAUAUUGAGGAGAAAAAGACAAAUUUCUUCUAACCUAUUUUAAACUUUAAAUCAAUACAUUGUACUUUUAUAUUGUAUCCUACUUAUCAUUUGUUUCGGGUACAAUUAAUGAUUGCCAUUUGUUUUGUUGAUGACAUUUUUUUAUUUUUUUGUCUGUAUUCGCAUCAAAUGUAAUUUUUUACCUUUAUUUUUGUACGUCAAUAUUUAUCUUUGUGACCAAAGAAUCUCUCUUUUUUUUAUGUAUAAAUAAAUAAUAUUAUUAAACAGACAUCCAUGAUAACUAUUAAAACUGCCAUAAAAUGCAUUUUAGCCAUUAAUACUGUAUUUUUAUUCUGCUGGUCAGAGAACAAUUGUUGCAAUUUCAACAUGAUUACUUACAUAGUUUAUAUUGUUAUAAAUAUAUAUAGUCAUUUAUUAUAAACAAUUGAAUCUGUAAUAACUAAGAUUAACUAUUGUAUAAUAUGUUAUUAUAAAACAGACUGUUAAUGUUAUUAUUUUUUUGUUAUGGUGAAUAUUGUGAUUGUAGUAUAAGGUUUUUACCAAUUUCGGUGCUUCUCAAAUCUCUUACUGACAUUUGUGAUUGUU